GGCUGGCGUCAGUAUCGAGCUAGACGUCACACGGGGAGGGUCGUCGCCUGUUCCCAUCCAGAGGGCCACUCCGCCGCCUGUACUCCUCCUCCCCCCACACGCCAACACAAGCCUCGCCUACCGCAGCUUGGUGGAGGGGACAGAAAGCCGCGAGCGUGUCCGUGAAGUGUGUUGCCAUCCCACAGCAUACCACAGCAUCAAUUAAAACACAGUGACUUGAGCACCCGUGAACUGUGUGUCUGCGUGUGCUACCAAACCAGCCAUCGCGCAGCACCGCACAGCACAGCAUCCCACAGCAUCCCAGCACAGCACAAGGCCUUCCCCCUCCAUCCCCCCACCACGCUCUCUCCCUCACAGCGCAGUGCCAUCUAAGUGUGCGAUUCACUUGAAAUAUUGUCACCGUAUUGUUCUUUGUGGGGGAAAAGUUCCUUCUAUCCAUUCCUGGUGAGAGGGAGAGGUGCGGGGCCUGAAGGAGGGAAGGAAGUGAAGGAAGUGAGGGAAGGAAAGAAAGGAGAGCCACUAGGAAGAUUGGUUCAUUCUUGUCCUCGUCCCAGUAUUGCAUCUGAUCCCCACGACGCCGCGCCGGGACGCUGGGCGGUGAUGUGACUGCUGGCGCCGGCAGGAGGCGGAGACCUGACGCCGGUGCCGCAGCCGCCGACGCUCCAGCAGCAGCACGGGGCGGGCCGCCGGGCAUGGCAGUGCGCACGUGAGCGCCGCGAGAAGGCGCGGCCGCACCGCCCGGAGGGACGGGCGUGCCAUGCUGAGGGAGCCCGCGCCUCCAGCGGACCCAUGCAACAUGCCGGGGCGCGCCGCACCGGCAGCAGCGGCUCCACGGGGCGCCGCGGUGUGCUGAGCUCAGUCUCGCAUGGCGGCGGGGGCGCGGAGCGGCGGCCCUGCUGCCGCGUCCCCGGCCGCAGGCUGUCUGCGGCAGGAAUGGCGGCGGUGGUGGCGGUGGCACUGCUGACGGCGGCGGGCGGCGCGGGCGGUGAGAAUCGCAGCCCCAGAGUGGUGACCACUAAGUACGGCAAGCUGCGCGGCGCCAUCCGCGCCCUGCCCGGCAAGGACCUGCGCUCCGUGGAGGUGUUCCUCGGGGUGCCCUACGCCACGCCCCCCACUGGCUCCAACCGCUUCAGCCCCACCCGCACGCCGGACCCCUGGAAGGACGAGCGCCUGGCAGACCAGUACGGUCCCGUGUGCCCCCAGCACCUGCCCGAGCUGUGGGGCGCCCGCGAGGAAGCCGCCAUGCCGCGCCCCAGACUGCUGCACCUGCGGCGUCUCGCCAAUUACCUGACGCACCAAGCCGAGGACUGCCUCUACCUCAACAUCUACGUGCCCUCCCUCGUGGCAGACAAGACAGGACACGGGGCGCUGCCAGUCGUGGUUUAUAUUCACGGGGAGAGCUUCGAGUGGGGCGCCUCCAACCCUUAUGACGGCUCAGUGCUGGCGGCUCACGGACAUGUCAUCGUUAUUACUCUCAACUACCGCCUUGGGCCCCUCGGGUUCCUGAACACCAAUGCUGACCCCAGCGGACGCGGCCACAUCAUGAACCACGGCCUCAUGGACCAGAUUGCGGCGCUCCACUGGGUACAGGAGAACAUCGGCGCCUUCGGCGGUGACCCCGGCAGCGUGACCCUCCUGGGGCACGGCACAGGCGCGGCGUGCAUCCACUUCCUGAUGGCGUCAACGGCGGUAGUGGCCGGCCUCUUCCAGCGCGCCGUGCUCAUGUCCGGCUCGGCCUUCAGCCCCUGGGCCACCGUGGACAACCCCACGCACUACGCCCUCAAAUACGGUCGCGCCCUUAACUGCACGGCCAACAUGACGCCAGUGGCGGAGCCUGGCCACCGCCGCGGGCCGCCGCCCAAGCCCUCAAACAAAGAGCUGGACGAGAUGGUGAACUGCCUGAAGGAGAAAUCGCUGGAUGACCUGCAGGCGGUGCACAUCUCGGCGCCGCAGUUCCUGUACCCGUUCGGGCCGAGCGUGGACGGCAUCGUCAUCAAGAAAGACUACCGGCGGGAGAUGCGGAAGCGUGCGGACGAAGGGAACCGCGAGUACGACCUGCUGUUCGGCGUGGUGCCGCACGAGGCCUUCGACCUCUUCACGGCUGACGACGUGGACCGCGGCUUUGACCUGGAGCGGCGGGAUCGCAUCUUUCGAACGAUGGUGCGCAACGCCUACGACUACCACCUCAACGAGGUGUUCAUCUCGCUGGUCAACGAGUACACCAAUUGGGAGCAGCCAGAUCCGCAGCCCUACGAGAUCCGCGACGCCACCCUGGCAGCGCUCAGCGACGCCCUCUACGUGGCGCCGCUGCUCACCGCCGCCAGCAACAUCCGCAUGGGCCACAAGAACCAGUACUUCUACGUGUUCAACCACACCUCAUUGCACACCUCCAGGCCCUACGGCGUGACAGGCAGCGUGCACGGCGGGGAGCUGCCCUACGUGUUCGGGGCGCCGCUGGUCGGGGAGCUCGGGGUCUUCACUGGAAACUGGACGAGACAAGACCGAGAAGUGUCUGAGGCGAUGCUUACCUUCCUCGCUAACUUCGCCAAGGCAGGGAAUCCCAAUUUGCGGCACGACCAGAACCUGGUGACCAGCACCCGCGUCUCCAACCUGGUGAGGAGCGUCACGUGGGAAAAGUACGACCCCGUGCACCAGAAGUACCUGGCUGUGGGCGGGUACCCUGGGUCGGAGCACCACUACCGCGCGCAGCCCCUGGCGCUGUGGACAUGGCUGGUGCCGCGGCUGCAGCGCGUGGGGCGCCUGGAGUUCCUCAGCUUGCGGGAUCCCGAGGGCCGCGAGGACACAGACCCUGAGGAGGCGCUGCAGGAGCUGUCCGUGGUGCACCACUUGUUCUCGAGGUACGAGGACCCCGCGCUGUACUCUGGCCCCGUGCGGCCCCUGCGCCAUAUGGCGGGACACUACGUGGUGCCCUCCACCACCUCCACCACCACGCCGGCCAGCACCGCGUCCCCUGGCUCCGGCACCGCCACGCCCUCCCUGCUCUCCCUGCUCACCACUACACGGGGCCCCCUCAGCGGCUUCCGGCGGCCGCCCCCGGACGCGGCCACGCCCACCGCCCACGUGGAGGAGGCGCGCACGGAGGAGGUGAGUGUGAUGCCGUACUCCACGGCGUUGUCGGUCACCAUCACCAUCGGCGUGUCGCUGCUCAUCCUCAACCUGCUCAUCUUCGCGGGCGUGUACUACCAGCGGGACAGGAUACGCAUGCGGGACAAACAGGAGCAGCAGAGUCAGCAGGGCAGCCUGGCGGGCAGCGACCAGCAGAUGACCGCCCUCAGCCCGCCCACCACCACCACCACCCUGGAGGUACCCAAAAGCCUGCUGGCGGCGCCCACCUCGCUCAUGGCGGCCGCCCUCCCCUCGCCCCUCACGCAGACUCAGGCCCUCACGCACAUCUCGGAGUGCCCCGAGGCCUUCGCCGACCCGCCAGUCGAGAUAGACUGUCGGUGGACGCCCGUCACGAUGGCCACCAAGCCCAACGGCAGCGCCACGCUGGUGGGCACGCACACCCACACGCUGCCGCCCCAUCACCAGCACCAGCACCAGCACCAGCACCAACACCAGCACCAGCCACAGCCGCUCCCGCAGCAGAAGUACCAGCAGCAGCACCACCACCACCCGCCGCCACACCCGCAGCAGCCGCAGCAGGCCACCCUGCCGCGGCCGCCGCCGCCGCCGCGGCUCAUGCCCGCCGAGUCCCAGCCGCUGCUGCCCGUGCAUGUGCCAGCGCCGCCGCGGGGCAAGAUCCCGCCGUACGACGAGCUGCGGCUAUGAUGGCGGCGCCCUCUGGCGACGGUGCUCUCGGCGGCCGACUACGUGCACAGCCCGCCGCCCCUCGUCCCCUGCACGUCCCUGGAGCAGCACGCCCCUCACGCUCACGUCGUCGAUUACUACGGCGGCUCCUUCUAUAAUGGGCUGGACGUGCCCCCCGCGGAGGCCCUGCCCAGGGCAGUGACCCCCGGGGAGUACCGCACCCACCCUGGCGGCUGCUCCACGUGGCCGCGUCAGGCUCGCGGGCCCCGCACCUGGCCAGAGGGCGACUCGGCCCGCCUCUAGCGCCCAGCAAUAAGUGCCUGAGGAAGGCCAGAUGACCUUUACUGUGUGCUCCCCCACACUCCCUCACCCCCCCCUGUGAUGCUGGUCCUGCACCCCCCACUCCCCACCACCCCACACCACGCCCACACCACUCUUGGUAAGUGUUUGUUACUGUCACUAACCCCCACCCCCCACCCAGUGUAUGUGCGUGUGUGUGUGUGUGUGUGUGUGUGUAAGGAUGCAUGCCCACCGCCCACCGCGUUGAUUAGCGUUGAUGCGCUAAUUGUGCAAGCACAUGUGUGGGCGUGUGUUCAGCGAAGCGUGGCUGUAGUGUGUGUGUGUGUGUGUGUGUGUGUGUGUGUGUGUGUGUGUGUGUGUGUGUGUGUGUGUGUGUGUGUGUGUGUGUGUGUGUGCCUCCAUCCCCCCCAUCCCCACCCAGCAGCCGACGCUCAUUCUGAGGCGGAGCAGGAUGACGAUGAUCACGGCCGUGAUGAUGAUGAUGAUGAUGAUGACGAUAACGAUAAUGAUGAUAUUACUAUUCCCUCACAAAGACAAUAACAAUAAUACUAAAUACUAAUCAUAAUAUUAAUAAUAACAAUACAACUCUCAGAAUAAUAUUUUAAACAGUUCGUGUAGGUGAACAAAUGUGCACUUUUUUGAUGUGUGUACGUACGUGUGUGCGCGUGUGUGUGUGUGUCCGUGUGUGUGUGUGUGUGUGUGUGUGUGUGUGUGUGUGUGUGUGUGUGUGUGUGUGUGUGUGUGUGUGUGUGUGUGUGUGUGUCCGGGUGCGUGUGUGUGUGUCCGUGUGUGUGCGCGUGUUUCAUUAAUGAUUGUAACUUGUAAAUAUCAAAACAGUGUAUUGACAUGUUGCAGUUCAACAUUUUUCUAGUAAAAAUGAGAAUCAA